AGUUGGCGAAACCUUCGAAAAGGAUGACGCUGUGCAGCAAUCCCGGUGAAGCACCUCCCGUGUUGAUGGUGCUCACCUCGGACAGGGGGUGGCCGUACACGCUGAAUGGGCCGCAUAGGUGUGGUAAUGACUUGUGUGUUAACUGUGAGGUGGAUCGAGUGUGGCAGAUCGUCAAGGGCGAUCUAACUAAGUGGUUUAGCAAUUUUCAUUUGACUCUCAAUCCUUCACCCGUGCCGCAUGUGCUGAUUGGGACGCCCGGGAUCGGGAAGUCGAUGGCUGCCGGCUCUUACCUUCUUUACCAGCUGCUGCACUGCGAUGUGGACAAACUCCAAGUGGUUGUCCACUGUUUUGGAGAAACGGCGUACGUGUUUGACAAGACCGCCAAAACCGUGACAAAAUACAUGGGUAACUUAACAUCCAAGAGUGUUUUGUAUGGUUUGUGGAAGAGUGGGAUGAAAGGGUAUAUUAUUUACGAUGUGGCAAAGAAAGGAACACCGCCCGACACAGAUAUUGCGCCCUGUACUGGAUGGGGCAUGAUUGUAGUGUCAUCGCCAAACCUGGACAACUAUGAUAAAUGGACGACGCAAGUAAGUGCCAGUCGAAUCAUCAUGAAUUGUCCUGAUAAAGAUGAUGUGAAGGCGAUGUGCGUUUGGAUGAAGCAAAAUCGACAGCUUGCGGAGGAAGAAGCGGAGGAAGAAGCGGAGGAAGAAGCGGACUACUGGAAAAAGGUGGAAUGUCGAAUGGAUAAAGUGGGACCGGUUAUUCGCUACAUCUUUGAUCAGAGACCAUACAAAGGUCGGAUUGUCUCGUGCGAAAGUACAGUUGAUAAAAUGGCCUUGCAGGACACCAACUAUUACACUGUUUUGGGGACUGGUAAAAUGUGUGGUAACUACGUCUCUGACAAACUUGUGAAGGUCGUACGAGUACGAGGAAGUGAGGGUUCCGAAUUGCCUUUAAAUGCACUGAUUUCUUCUCACCUUGCAGAAUUAACGUUAUGUAAGUUGGCGACGUUAAUGCAGCAGCGUGAUUUUAAUUUACUCAUAUUGGCCAUCGAGGACGAUCUCAUAUCAAAAGCCCUUGAAGAUCAUUCCUCGUUUGCAUUUUUAAGUGCGGCCUUUGUAAAAGCAAUAAUACCGAAACUCACGGAGCUGAAAAUAACAGCAAAUGCUCCGCCACACCGUUGUGCGUUGAGAGUGUGUCCACAUGAGCGCCCCUUCAAGCCCUGUCUUUUAGAGUGCCUGGAAAAAUUUAAAAAGAAGAUUAAUAUAGAGUCUCGGGUGCUGUACAAACCGGAGGCUCAAAACUUUCCGCUGGUGGACGGCUUUUUCUUUUCGGACUCAAAUCCGAAGACGUUGGUUGGGCUGCGGAUGGCUACGGCGGGUGAACACCACACGACAACCAGCACUGUGCGGCAGUUCACUGAGUGCCUGGCGGCAUAUUUUAAUGGUUGGGAGGAAUUUUCUGAAGGAUUGUCGUGGGAGAUGAUUUAUGUGCAGCACGCAGAAAGCACGCCGAUGAUUGAAUGGCAGAGAUGUGAUGUCGUCAAUUCCGAUAAUGUGAGCCGCGCUGAAAACCGAGAGAUUGCGGCGUUCUGGGAGGAGGAGGUGCGCCAGUACCAAGUGUCUGUAUCAUCCAGAGACUUUCCACGAGAAGAAGCUCUCUGA